AUGAAUCAAGUAGAUUCUCCAGAGACUAAACACCCAACUCUUCCACAACAUUUAGAUAAACCUUGGUUUAGAGAAGCGUAUAUCGCAGCUAAAAAAUUCCAUGAAAAGGAUAAAGUUCUAGAUUCUCACGAUAGAUUAAAACUUUAUAAUACUUAUAAAAAUAUUACCAGAGCACAAUCCAUUGCUGGGUUUCUAGGGUUUUUAACAGUAUUUGGUUCCCCAUUUAUGUAUAAAUACUAUACCACUCGAAGUAUAAAAAAUGUUAAAGUCCCCAAAAACUUUUUAUUAGGGUUGUUAGCAACCUUUAUCUCUUCAUCCUUAGCUAGUCACAUCUCUUAUAACAAACAAUUGCACAAACUGGAUCCAGAUGGUAAAUUAUCUAGAAAAAACAUAUAUCCACACGAUGAUUUUUUAGAAGAUGAUCCAAACAAAAUUAAAUCAAGGAAUGAGAGACAGUUUGAAAUGCUGACUCUUUUGAAAAAUGGUGGUAGUGCUCGUUGGGCUUCCUAUUUUUAUAUUACUUAUUUACAUCCAGAACGUGCAUUUUCUGAUCCAGAAGAGAAAUUAAAACAACUACAACAAAAUAGUGAUAAACGAAUAUCUGUGUCCCCAUUUAUGCAUCAAAAGGAUCCCAUGGGCCUAUAUACUAAUAAAGGUACAGGCUUUGUUAAUGAUCCUGAAACUUCUAUAAAAGAUGAUAUUACACAUGAUGAAGUUUUUCCAUCUGAUUCAGAUGUUGAUAAACUUUGGGGCACAAAUGAAAAACAACAAUUUAAUCAAAAACAUAUAUCUUCUUGGGAUAGAAUUAGAACUAAAAGUCUUUCUAAUGACAAUCAAUUAGUCAAUAAUUUUGAAGAUAAAUCAACUUCGGAUGAUUUAUUCGAUGAUUUUAAUUAUGAAAAUGAUCAGAUUAUUUCAUAUCCUCAAGAAACAGUUUCACAACGAGAAUUUAAUCAAAUGUUAGAAAAAGAAAGAAAAGGCUAA